AGAAUGAGAAGUGUCGUCCAAUAGGUACGUUCGUUUUGUAUAAACAGUCAUGAUGCAUGAAUAUCUAGAUAUGAUGCGCGCUAUCCAAAAGUCAAAAGUGCCUAAUUUCAGAUGCAAGCAUAAAUAAAGGUCUCGUCUCGUGUCGUAUAUGAACGAUUUAACAGUUGAAUCAGUCGUGUAAUUCGCUUUCGACAAACGGAUUUGUUUUGAUAUCUGGUGUAAUAAAGGUGUACGCAAUUUACAAAUAAUUAUUAUUCAUUCUUCGCAAUUGUGUUUACAUUGAACGAAAAUGGCAGGCGGCUUGAUAAACAGGUUAUGUUUGUCUCUUCAAAGAUUUGAACAGACAAUUUUUCAGACAAUUUUUGGUCGUGGCUUUUCUCCAGAAUUAUGUGCAAUUGAUUGCAACAGUUUCCUGAAUGAACCGAAACUGGAUAACCCUUUUGGCAGUCAACCUCUAGAAGAUAUUUUCAAUAUUGGGAUUCUGUGGGCUGUUCCAAAAAAGCGACGUACUAUAGAAAAGAGACUCGGCAGAAGAUUUGGAGUUGAGAAAUAUUGUUGGAAGCCGCCUGUUCCAAAAACUAACUUAUUAAUAUGCACAAAUUGUGGUCACGAUUAUGAAGCUGGUCGUUUAUGUGGACACUGUUACGAAAAAGUGAAGGUUGAAACUAAAGAAAUCAGAGAUGCCAUACAAAAAAAAUUAGGUUUAAAUCCAGUAGAGGAAAAUAUAAUUGUGUUAUAUGAUGGAGAAAAGCACGAUAAAACACAUAAAUUUUGGAAGAAACAAAGAGUGGUUGAGAUGCCGAAGAAAAGACCUUCGUGGUUUCAUCGAAACUUACUUGAGCCUACAACACAGGAGCCGUCAGAUAAAGGGGAUGUUAAACCUACAUAUCUUGCAUAAGGUUCUGCAAGGUCCUUUUUAAUCUAGUUUGCUGUCCGAGUAAGGCAUCUUUAGUUUGGAACAAGCGAAUUUCAACCUGUUUCAUUUGUUCCAGUGAAUCUGUAUCAGAAUCUUCUGGAUAUGUAAAACCAAUUUUUUGUAAAUUUAGUUCCGAAUUAUUCUGUAACUCCACCAUCUGCGUGAAAUGACGAACAUUGCAUAAAAUAUAUUAAUCGAUUG